AUGGGUUUAUUUAGCAGAGAGACGGCAAAUGUGAUACAGCUUGGCGUCGGGUUUUUCUUUAUAUUUUUUGCAUUUAAUGGGCAGGGCUUCAUCGAACAGCCCGUAAUUAAUUCCGUAUCGAAAAGAGGUGAUGUAAAUGAACAUGCUGGUUAUUACAGUCUCGCAAUUAUCUAUGGCGUUUUUACAUUCGCCAAUUUUGUGGCUGCUCCUAUCGUUAAUACCAUAUCCGCAAAAUGGGCUAUGGUGCUGGGAGGGGCAUUUUAUGCGGCUUUUCAGGCCGGAUUUUUGAAAGUUAACCAAACUUAUUUAUACGUAUCGAGUGCUGGGCUGGGUUUUGGGGCGGCAAUCAUCUGGACUGGACAGGGGAAUUAUCUAGCCAAAAAUUGCGAUGAGAGGACGAAUAGUCGUAAUAGUGCAAUGUUAUGGUCAAUUAUGGAAUCAUGCAUCGUUGCCAGUGGAAUUUUCCUCUUCGCCGUAUUCCACUCAGAAAAGACAACGGAUAACAUUGCCGAUUCUACAGUGCGGCUACUAUAUAUUGUUUUUACAAUCUUAAACAUUGUCGGAUUAGUAAUUAUCGGAUUGCUGCGUACUCCAACGUUACGAGUGGAAGAUGUGGAUAAACCCAAAGUUGGAUACGCUACAUUAAUGGGCUCCACCUUCCGUCUCAUGUUCACCAACAAGAUGCUCCUCCUUGCGUUAGCAUUCGCAUACACUGGUAUUGAACAGUCGUUUUGGACUGGUGUUUAUCCCACGUGUAUUUCGUACACAUUAAAGCUUGGUGAUAACACAAAUUCCAUGUUGGCGCUGACGGCAAUUUGUGAGGGUCUUGGGCAUAUUGUUGCCGGUGGCGCUUUCGGAAUCCUUGGAGCUAGAACAAAAAGCUUGAGACGAGAUUCCAUCGUGCUACUCGGAACGGUCGUGCACUUGAUUUGCUUUGCCGGAGUUUAUAUAAAUAUUCCGAAAGACGCCCCGAUCAAGCAGACAAACGAUACGGGAGGGCUCAUCGAUCCACAACUUUGGAUUGCAUUGGUCUGCGGCUUUUUAUUAGCGUUCGGAGACGCUUGCUGGAAUACACAGAUUUAUUCAUUGCUAGUCGACGUUUAUUCGGAAAAGUCGAGCGAGGCGUUUGCGUUGUUUAAGUUUUAUCAGUCGGCCCUAUCCUGCGCUGCAUUCUUCUACGGAUCGGCCCUCCAACUCCAGUGGCAUUUGGCCAUUCUCGUCGUGAUGAGCCUGUUCGCUACAAUAGCCUUCUUCGCCGUCGAGCGCCAAAAUCCACAGCAAUCAUCAUCCAGUGGUGUGCUCGAAAUCACCUCCGACAAGAGUGCGGCAGCCGACAACCUAGGCGCCGAUCUGGACGACAAAUUC